CAAUCAACCGCCGACGGCGGUGCAUAUAUACUUCCCAUCCCCCUUCCAGUUUGUGUGUGCAAACCACUCAUUUCUUCUCAUUGGAAGUGGGGCAAAAGUAAAAAAGAACAAGACAAGAUGCUACUACUAUCAGAAGGAAUUCGAAUUCAAAUCCAGAGGCUUUCCUGCGGUGUUUCGUCCUUGCGUGGCCAUUUUUGCCCGUUUGAAAUUGCCAUUUGUGGCACCACCCUGUGCCGGCGCGCGGCCAUGUGCGGUGUCGCCAGCCGGCUGCACCGCCAUGUUCGUAUUCGAUCCUUGUGAGUUCUCUCGUCCAUCUUCUUUCCUGGAAAGAGGAAAGGACGAAUGGCAAGGGGGAAAAAAUCGCACGCAGCUGCGGACCUUUUCAAAAUUGCAACCAAGUUUGGACUUGUUCCUUCCACAGGCUUGAAGGCACCCAGUCCAUUUUUGGGGCUCAUUUGUUUUUUACACUCAAAUUUGAAAGUUCCCAGCCCAUUUGGGGCUCUGGUUUGAUUCAAUCAUGCAAGGGGAAAUUUCCUUCCGGCCGACGACGUCACGGCGGCUGGGCUACUGUGGCUUGAUAUGGAUAGAAAUUGAACGGGUGAAGGAACGGAUGGGAUGCCCUGCCACGGUAUUCCAUUGUGCCCCGGCCCACCCUCUUUUGUUUUUUUCUACUUUUGCCCCCCUCCUCCAGCCUGGAUUCCCCCCUCUGGAAGGAAAACAAACACAGGGGGCCAUCAGAGGGUAAAAAAAUGCCUCAAAUUCAAAUUCGGCGUGUAAAAAAUGAAGGAAAAUCUUAGUGAUAAAAAAGGCGUGGGGCAGUGAAAACGCAGGGCCGAGAGAUUCCUUGCGCUUCGCCCGGCGAGAUUCCCCUCGUUUGGUCCGUAGGCGCGCGGCCGGUAAACGCGAUCGGAUCGGGCGAAUGGAAGCGGAUUCCUCGGUGUUACCACCCAGGGGCGUUAAUUAUAAUUUGCCGCUUUACCGAGGGGGGGGCGGCUUCCGUUUGACGCGUCGUCUGCUCUGCUCCCACAUGGCACGCCGGUGACGCGUCCCGCCCAAUGGCCUGCCGCCACGUCAGCGGGCCCCCUACUAAUUGACAAGUUCCUUGUGCUGGCCGCUUUGACUUUUUACCUGGUGGUGAAUCAAACAACCGCCCCCCUUGAUUUUUUCUUCUUCUUUUUUUUCAUUGUACGCCACCUGUUAUGGCGCCUUUGCUUCGGAAUAAAGAAAAAGAAAAUGGAAAACCCGCACGCCACAUGCGCGUGUCACAUGGGGGCGCUGGGCGGGCCCGGGCCAUCGUGCACCGCAUACAUGCGGGCCCCCGUCGCCGGCCCGGGGGCGCUGCCGUCACUUUGAAAAAGGAGUCCGGUUUCGUUCAGAUUUAUAUAUAUAUCUCGGCCGGACGCACCCGUUUGUGUACAUAUAUGAUUUUAUUUACAGCUCAGAGGAGAUCGCGUUCUGGUAGUAUAGAUAGAUAGAUAGAUAUAUAGGCAGAAGAUUAGCGCGGGGGCGGCUCGUCCGUUUGCGAAACGAAACCCAUCGGUAUCGUGAUAUUAGAGUAACGCAGCCAAGGAAAGGUCAGAGUCUCAGAGAUAAAAAAGAGAUUUUUGGGGCUGAGGCGAUGGCGAGCGGGCGGUUCAUGGAGGAGAUGAUGAGGGAGCACGAGCAGAGCCUGCUGGAGGCAUCGUGCGGCGGGCUGUUCGACCACAUCGAGGACCUGCUCGACUUCCCCAAGGAGGACUCGCCCGAGGACGUGCUGCUCCUCGACGCGCCCGUGCCCGACAGCCCCCUCGCCGCGCGCGUCCUCGCCGGAGUCCCCCCGCCGCCGCCGGCCUCGCUGGAGCAGCAGCACGCGGCGUCUCUCAUGGCGCCGCCGCCGCCCCCCGCGGGCGACCACUCCGCCGCCUUCCUCGGCGCCCUCGGAGACACCCACAUUGGCACGUGUGACGAGCUGGACAUGGACAUGGCGCAGCUCGAGUGGCUGUCGGGCCUGUUCGACGACACCUCCAUCCCGCACGAGCCGGCGUUCGCGUGCGCCGCGCCCAUCAUCAGGGCCUCCGCGCUCUCGGCCAACGCCGGCGUCGUGCUGCCCGACAAGAUGGAGGACGCGCUCUUCCGCAGCUCCAGCCCCACCUCCGUGCUCGAGGACGGCGCCAACAAUGUUAACGUUAACAUGAACAACAACAGCGGUGGAUCCUCGGCGUCGUCCACGUCGUCAUCGGCGUCGUCCUCCUCGGAGUCCUUCUCCGGGAGCGGCCGCCCAUGGUCAGUGCCGCUGUCGCCGCGCCCGGAGCCUCCGGUGCUCGUCAUCCCGGCGCGUGCGCGCAGCAAGCGGUCCCGCGCCUCUGCGUUCCCCACUGCCAUCCGCGCCGCUGUUCCCGCGCCCGAGGCCACCAUCCUCGUGCCAACGCCCAUGUUCUCCUCCACCUCCUCCUACUCGGAGGAGCCUGAGUGCAUUGCUGAGUCCAACUCGCAGCCCAAGAAGAAGAAGAAGGCCAAGAGGCCGACCCCUCCAGUCACCUCUGACGCUGAGGGCGACGCGGACUACGAGGAAGGCGGUGGCGCCGCGCUCCCGGCCGGCGAGGUGCGGAGGUGCACGCAUUGCCAGAUCGAGAAGACGCCGCAGUGGCGUGCGGGGCCUCUGGGGCCCAAGACGCUCUGCAACGCCUGUGGCGUGCGCUACAAGUCCGGCCGCCUCUUUCCGGAGUACCGCCCGGCGGCCAGCCCCACCUUCGUGCCAGCCAUCCAUUCCAACUCCCACAAGAAGGUGGUGGAGAUGCGCCAGAAGGUUGAACCCAAGGGCGACGACCUCCUGCAGUUUAUCCGCCGCCGGGAUUGAGCUCCCCGCACCGGCAUCGGUCGCCGGACGGUCGGUCUCGUCCCCCUUAGCUAUUAUAUAUGUAUACAUGCUAGUAUGUAUGCAUUGCAUGCUUGCUUCCAAGUAGUCAGUCAGUCAUCGUCGUCCAUCGUCAUGGACAGUAGUGCUCAGCAUUGCCUUCAUGCAUCCACCCACCACCAUCAUCGCCAUGCAUCGGUUUCAGUCAGCAUCGUUAGUUCAAUAGGGCUUUUUCUUUUGGGUUUAUUCCACCUCUUUUUUCUUUGUCUAUUACUUAAUUGGUUCCCCCUAAGAAGAUUUUUUGUUUGUAUAGAGGAGGGUGAGUGAGGAGGGCAGGAGAAAUAGAUGAAUCAAUCACAGAGUGGUUGUUGCAUUGCAGUUGCUUGCAAAUUAGGUACUAGGUGAGAAGGAGAGCUAAACCAGCAGCAGCAGAGGCAGAGGCAGCUAGGCAGUCAAUUAGGAAAGUUGGUGUGCUCUGAGCAAGAGUGAAGUGAAGGAGAUUUGUUGGUUUGCUAAGUUAGAAAAACAAAUGUGUCAAGUAGCCAUCAGGAAGGUUGAAGUAGGGGGAUCACCAAUCAUAGUCAGCAGUUUAUAUUGGAGCUUGGUGUACUGAACUCUGAAUAUUCUUUUUGCAGUUCAUCUAUGUUUAGGGAUUUAUAA